AACAGAAGCAGCAUUGACUAAAAGAGAGCUGCAUCCUGGGAACACAGCCAGCAGAUUUAGAACACACGCAAGUCACAAGGAAGGAAGCACCCGUUGCCCUGUCUGCCUGUUGUGACUUUUGCUACACUCAGUGGAAAAUGGCUUCGUGUUUAGAGGAGGAUCUGUGCUGCUCUAUCUGCCAUGACAUCUUCAAACAUCCUGUAGUUCUGCAAUGUAGCCACAGCUUCUGUAAAGCCUGUCUCCAGAGGUGGUGGACAGAGAAACAGGCCCAGGAAUGUCCGAUCUGCAAGAAAAGAUCUUUAAGGUUAGACCCACCUUGUAACUUGGCGUUAAAGAACCUGUGUGAGGCCUUCUUACUGCAGAGAGCUUCAUCCAACUCAGAGCCUCUCUGCAGUCUACACUCUGAGAAACUCAGACUGUUCUGCCUGGAUCAUCAGCAGCCUGCUUGUCUCGUCUGUAGAGACUCUAAAAUACACGCCAGCCACACAUUCAGACCCAUCGAUGAAGCUGCACAGGAUCUCAGGGACAAGCUCUUGGAAUCACUGGAGUCCUCAAAAAAUAGACUGGAGAGCUUUAAAAAAGUCAAACAAAGUUGGGAUGAAACAGGAAACUACAUCAAGGCCCAGGCUGCAAACACAGAGAAGCAGAUAAAGGAACAGUUUAGGAUGCUUCACCGGUUUUUAGACAAGGAAGAGGAAGCCAGAAUCUCUGCACUGAGGGAGGAAGAGGAGCAGAAGAGUUGUUGCAUGAAGGAGGAGGUGGAGGCUCUCAGCAGAGACAUAGCAGCUCUUUCAGAGAGAAUCAGAGCCACAGAGGACGAGCUGAGAGCUGCAAACAUCUCGUUUUUAAAAAACUACAAGGCUGCAGUGGAAAGAGCCCAGCAGCACCCCCUGCUGGGGAAUCCACAGUUGUCCUCAGGAUAUCUUAUAAAUGUGGCCAAACACCUGAGCAACCUGAGCUUCAACAUCUGGAACAAGAUGAAGGACAUGGUCUCCUACAGUCCUGUGAUUCUGGACCCGAACACUGCAGGUCCAGGACUUAUGCUGUCUGAAGAUCUGACAUGUGUGAGACAAGGACAGCAGCAGCAGCUUCCUGAUAAUCCAGAGAGAAUCAGCGAGUGUUGCUCUGUCCUCGGCUUUAAUGGCUUCAGCUCAGGGACUCACAGCUGGGAUGUGGAGGUUGGACAGAGCAAAAUGUGGGACUUGGCCCUGUGUGAGGAGACUGCAGACAGAAAGGGAGACAUAGACACAGGAUUAUGGAGAAUACAUUUUUAUGAUAAUAAAUAUGCAGCAGUCAACCCUUCAGGUAAGGCUAUUGUCCUGUCUUUGAGAGGACAGCCUCAGAGGAUCCGAGUGGUUCUGGACUGGAGCAGAGGAAAGCUGUCAUUCUCUGAUUCUGACUCUAAUGCACACAUACACACCUUUACACACACCUUUACUGGAAAGCUGUUUCCGUAUGUUUGGUGUGGAGAUUCACCUGCUCUGAAGAUACUACCAAAGAAGUUCUCUGUGACAGUGGAACAGUGAAAGGGCUGGAUCAGGGGUCGUCUUGCCUAGUGCUUGAAAAUGGCUCCAGUGAUGUUCGAGACAGUAAAGACACUCACAACGUUUUCUCAAACUAAUGAAAAAGGAAUGAGAUUUUCCUUGUCCAACUCAGCGUGUUAACAUGAACAACUGACAUUUCGUCUAUUGUCAGUUUGUAGACAGUGAUUCAUUUUUAAAACCGUUUGCUGUGUUGAAAUAUUUGUUGAAUAUAUAAUUAUGAAGUAUAAUUGAAGGUAGAUACGAUGCUCUGUGUGUAUUAUUCAAAAAUCUACAGGAGAGAUCAUGGUGUAAGGAUGGGCAUGAAUCCAUCCUGUCUUAAGUUUAUUUCGUAUUAUUUGUAUUAUUUUAUUUUGUAUACUGUGUUUUUAAACUGUAUAGAUCUUGUUUGUGACUUUAACACUUGAUUUUUGCUCACAAUUGCCAAGAUUUGUACUAACUUGUAGCAUUUUCUCUGUAAUCAUGCAGUUAAAAAAAUCAAUAAGAGUGAAGAAAACUGAUGGAAAGUCUAGAAAAAUAAGACUUAAGCAUGGCCAAACCAUUUAUAAACACUUCAAAAACUAUUAUUUAAAGACCCUGUAAAGUGAAAAUAAAUCUGUAUUUAGGUUUGUUGUAUGACAGGUCACUGUG